AUGAAUCAAGAAAUCAUUAAACCGAUUCUUAGACAAUCACCUUUACUAUUAACAUUUAUCACUAUAAUCUCAAUUAAUUGUUUCUCAAUUUUUAAUUUUCUAACAUAUCUCCGAAUUGAACAGUCAAAUAUAAUUUACUAUCUUGGGAGUAUAGCUUUGGCUUGGUACACUAUUUUGAGCCUUCUUAUAAUAUAUUCACUUGCCUUUCUUGCUAUAGUGGAUCCAGGUUCUUUGGAAUCACUUCAAUGUGACACUAAUGUACCAAAUUGGUUCAAAUCUACAAUAAGGCACUGUAAUAAAUGCACAGAAAAAAAAUGGAAGCCUCCAAGAGCUCAUCACUGCACAACCUGCAAUAUCUGCAUUUUUAAAAUGGAUCAUCAUUGCAUAAUUGUAAACAAUUGUAUUGGAUAUUCAAAUCAAAAGGUUUAUAUUCUUUUCCUAUUUUAUUUAGUUUGUUCAACUUCUUUAAUAGUUAUUUUGUCAUCUUUCCUUCUUUAUAAGUUGAUUACUUUUUCGUUAGAGAGUGGGAUUAAUCAAAUGAAACAUCAACUAGUCAUCAGUUUAAUAAUUAACAUUAUAAUUUUAUUAACUGCGAUGAUAUUUUUAUUGGAUCAAAUAGACUAUAUUUUCUCAAAUUCAACACUUGUUGAAUUGAUAUCAAAUAAAUGUGGGAAAAAGAUAGACCUUGUCAAUAAUUUUAAAAUGAUAUUUGGGGAGAACAAGUAUCUAUGGUUACUACCUUCAAGGAACGUAAUGAAGCCUAACUUUAACGAAGAACUAUAUGAAAUAAUAGAUUAUCCAAACUAUAGGCAUUUUUCUGAAACUAGAUUAGCGGAUAACAAUGAACAAUUAAAAUCUUUCAGUGAGUUUUCAAUCAUAAAUAAAAAAAUAUUGAAGAUUGAAUAA